CCCUGCUGGCAAUAUCAAGAAAUCAAGGUUGAGAACUACCCUACACAGUCACUGAUAAUGUUGUACUGGCAUGAUGGACUCAAGGUUGUGGAGCACCUGUUCAGUAACCCUGUAUUCACACAGUGUAUGGAUAUCUCUCCAUACAAGGAGUUUGAAGUUAUGGCUGAAGGCCAAGAACAAGUAUAUGGGGAAUUUAUGAGCACUGAUGAUGCAUGGCACAUACAGGACCAACUCCCCCACAGUCAUUCCUUCCUGGGGGUGAUUGGUGCAUUGGAUAAAACACCUCUGACAAUAGGAAUGGGGAAUAAAGAAAUGCACCCUCUAUUACUUUUGCUUGUGAACAUACAUGCUGGAGUACAUAUGAAAGCUACUUCUCAUGCAUUCGCACUGGCCACCUAUCUGCCCAUCCUGAAAUUCCACAAUGUACCACCAGCUGUUCAGGCCAUACUA